AUGACAAUCCCCGAAGAAGUUGAUAUUAUCAUUUGUGGAGGUGGCAGCUCAGGAUGUGUUCCUGCCGGUCGUCUCGCCAACCUCGAUCACAACCUCUCUGUUCUUUUGAUCGAGGCAGGCGAAAACAAUCUGAACAACCCAUGGGUAUACCGUCCUGGAAUUUAUCCAACCAACAUGAAGCUCGAUUCAAAGACGGCAUCCUUCUAUCAUUCCCGCCCUUCCGAGCAUUUGGAUGGCCGAAAGGCUAUAGUCCCAUGUGCGAAUAUCUUAGGAGGAGGCAGUUCAAUCAACUUUAUGAUGUACACCAGAGCAUCUGCCUCAGACUACGACGAUUUUCAAGCAAAAGGUUGGACAACGGAAGAAUUGCUGCCGUUGAUGAAAAAGCAUGAGACGUAUCAGCGUGCAUCCAGUAAUCCGGAGCUUCAUGGCUACAGUGGACCCAUUAAAGUCUCGUUCGGAAACUACACAUAUCCGAUCAAGGAAGACUUCCUCAAGGCUGCAGAGUCGCAAGACAUUCCUGUUACUGAUGAUCUGCAGGACCUGAAGACCGCACAUGGCGCAGAACAUUGGCUCAAGUGGAUCAAUCGUGAUACCGGCCGCCGAAGUGACGCCGCUCACGCAUAUGUCCACAGCACAAGAGCAAGGCACUCCAACCUCCACUUGAAGUGCAACACCAAGGUGGACAAGAUAAUCAUUGAGAAUGGAAGGGCUGUUGGCGUUGCAACGGUCCCCACCAAGCCUCUCAAUGGCGGCGAGCCCGUCCGUAAGAUCUACCGCGCCCGCAAGCAAAUCAUCCUUAGCUGCGGCACACUCAGCUCUCCAUUGGUCCUCCAGCGUUCUGGAAUUGGAGAGCCAGAGAAGCUUCGUCGUGCUGGAGUCCAGCCUCUUGUCAACUUGCCCGGAGUUGGCCGGAACUUCCAGGACCACUACUUAACCUUCUCAGUCUACCGGGCCAAGCCUGAAGUUGAGACCUUUGAUGACUUUGUGCGAGGAGACCCGGAAGUUCAGAAACGCGUCUAUGAGGAGUGGAAUAUCAAGGGUACCGGGCCUUUGGCUACCAACGGUAUUGAAGCUGGUGUCAAGAUCCGCCCAACGCAGGCUGAGCUGAACGAGAUGAAAAAGUGGCCAACUCCUCAAUUUGGCCAGACAGGAUAUGACACCUACUUCAAGAACAAACCUGAUAAGCCCGUCAUGCACUAUUCCGUUAUUUCAGGUUGGUUUGGUGAUCACAUGGUUAUGCCCCCAGGAAAGUUCUUCACCAUGUUCCACUUCUUGGAAUACCCCUUCUCUCGCGGGUUCACUCACAUUAAGUCGGCCGACCCGUACGAGAACCCCGAUUUUGACGCAGGCUUUAUGAACGACAAGCGCGACAUGGGCCCUAUGGUCUGGGGAUACAUCAAGUCUCGCGAGACUGCUCGACGUAUGUCGUCGUAUGCCGGAGAAGUUGCGAACAUGCACCCACAUUUCGCUUUCGAUUCUCCGGCACGGGCGCAAGAUCUCGACCUAGCAACAACAAAGGCGUACGCCGGGGCAAACCAUCUAUCUGCUGGUAUCCAGCACGGUUCAUGGACAACGCCCCUGGAGCCCGGAGAGCAAGCUUCGGCAACUAGGCUGAACUCGAACAAGCACGAAAACCGAAAGCCACUCGAGUACAGCAAAGAGGACAUUGCGCAUAUCGAGAAGUGGGUUUCACGCCACGUGGAGACAACCUGGCACUCUCUUGGAACAUGCAGCAUGGCACCAAGAGAAGGGAGCUCGAUCGCCCCGCAAGGAGGCGUCGUCGAUGAGCGUCUCAACGUCCACGGCGUCAAGGGCCUCAAGGUCUGCGAUUUGUCGAUCUGCCCCGACAACGUCGGCUGCAACACAUUUAGUACUGCCCUGCUUAUUGGCGAGAAGUGCGCCAUGCUAACUGCAGAGGACCUGGGAUACUCGGGCGCAGCCCUGGCAAUGGAUGUGCCCAAUUACCACGCCCCAGGCGAGUUCGCUAACCUUUCGCGAUUGUAA